ACCUGCUGCAAUGACGAGGACACUAAAUCUUUACUCACUCACACGUGCUGCAGGACUGCUGGCUUUGCUCCUGAUUUCUCUGCUCGAUGUUUGUUCGACGUCUGUGGCAUACAGGAAAUCCAAAUCUUUAAGGACCAAAAGAUUUCUGAUGCCUCCAGUGACGACAGAGGAGGGAGAGAAAUUCCCGAGCGGACGGUUCGACAUGGGCGACAACUCUGGUGGUGACGGAGUCGGAAUAACAAAGGGCGACAACUCUAGUGGUGACGGAGUCGGAAUAACAAAGGGCGAUAACAACCCGGAUCUAGUCCCGCACUUCCAAACAAAAUAUGACGUGGUGUCAGUGGAACCACAGGGAAAGUUUGCUGGACUGGAACAAACAGCAAACACCCCGUUAUCCCUCUGGGAUUGGAACCCUGGGCCUGCCUUGCCCCAGGUAGACAACCCAGCCCUGCACUCCUUCCCCCCUGAGCUACAGACUGGUCGGCUUGUGAGACAGGGUCAGAUGUAUCCGUCACUCAAUAACCCUAUACCUGGGGGUGGCAUGUUUCCAUUCAACACACCUACUGCGGCUGGGGGUGUUGGGCAGACUCCUCCUUCUUCACAGGGCCUGCCUCCUCAAGGAGUCCAAGGUCCUCAGGGUAUUCAGUUCCAACCGUCAAUGAUUGGUCCAAACCAAGCUGGUGGAUUGCCGAUGAUUGGUUCUUUCCAACAACAACAACAACAACAACAACAACGAUGGCCUACGAUUGGCUCAAACCAAGCUGGAGGAUUGCCGAUGAUUGGUUCUUUCCAACAACAACGGUGGCCUACGAUUGGCUCCAGCCAAGCUGGAGGAUUGCCGAUGAUUGGUUCUUUCCAACAACAACGGUGGCCUACGAUUGACUCAAGCCAAUCUGGGCGACCUUCACCUUUCCUUCAACAGCUUAAUCAAUAUAGCGGGCGUUUUCCGGUCCCUGCUAACGAUGGGGGCGGUUAUGCGCCUCAAAAUUUGGCAUACAACAACAACAACAACUACGACAACAGCAACUACGACAACAACAACAACAACAACAACAACGACUACAACAACAACAACAACAACAACCAAUACGGAAAUAUACCACAGACGUCGACCGGGCUGCUGGGACCACAGAGACUGAACUCGCAAAAAGGCGACACGUACAAUGUUAUGGUGGGCGUUAACCUCAUGACCUUUCCAGAGAGACAAAGGGCAGCAGGUGGGCCAGGGUCACCGGUUCAAGGUCAAGUGCAAGUUCAAGGACAGAUGCUGCCUCUGCCUCUAGGGUCAGGUGGUGUGCAGCAGCAAGCGACAUCUGGUGGUGGUUCUGAGCUUGGGUCCGGAGGAGGGACUGCAAGUGAUAUGAACG